AUGUCCAUAGCACCAGGACCAUCUGAUGAAUGUAAAUAUCCAUACAAUGUUAUUGUACUCAACUCGCACUUGCUUGCUUCUUUUUCUGGUGGGAAGUUAGCUUCGCGUAGACAUCUGCUCGAAGAUCUGCCAAAGAAGUGCCAAGAACAUGAACUCAAGGAGGGGAGAAAAGCUUCUGCUGCUGAAGCGUCGAAGUGGCUGGCUGAGUUUCUGUCCCUUCAACCUGACUGCGAUAAUAGCUUCUCACUUGGGAUACUGAUCGCUGGGUGGGACGACGAAUCUGGACCUGUCCUGUAUAAAGUGAACGGUAAGGGAAAUGUGCUUAAAGACUCGUUGGCUGGAACUGGAUCUUGUGCAAGGACUGUUUUUUAUUCGAUACCACUCUUCCAUGUUGGAAGAACCGGGGUUAAAACGGUGGUCUUGAAUGAUGAUAUAGUACAGCUGCAAGAGCAGUACAUUGCUGAAGUUGGGGGAGAAUGGUAUGAUAUGCGUGCUUUAAACAGAGCUCGGCCUCGCAGUAUGGAAAGUCACCGUAUCUUCCAUGAAGCCCACCCUGAUAUUGUGUAG